UUUUUUCUUUUUUUGCAUUAAAUAAUGCAAUCCAACUCUCUCUCCAGGCCUUAUAAAUAAGAGAUGAUGAAAUCUCAAAGUCCAUCAGAGCUAAGCCUUAACACAUAUAAGUUUCCUACACAAGCCUGCGCACUUGUCUGUCUGUUCACCUUUCUUUCAAGCUUAAUUCUCCUACACCUACUUUUCAUCAGCUGCUUUUUAAAACUUAGCUGCAUUGGCAGUAACUUUUUGAUCAUUCAGAUUGAAUUGUUUCAUUUUUCUCAACAAAAUCAAGGAAAUCAUCUUGUUGUAAUGGACAGGGUAAGAGAUCUGGCAUCGAAGAAGGCUGCUGUGAUAUUCACUAAGAGCUCAUGUUGCAUGUGCUAUAGCAUCACGACACUUUUUUAUGAGCUUGGUGCUAGCCCUGCAAUUCAUGAGCUUGACCAUGAUCCUAGUGGGAGAGAUAUGGAACGGGCUCUAAGAGGGCUAGGGUGUGAUCCAUCAGUCCCAGCUGUGUUCAUAGGUGGAAGAUUUGUAGGCUCAGCAAAAGAUGUCAUAUCCCUUCAUGUAGAUGGAUCACUGAAACAAAUGCUCAUGGAUGCAAAGGCCAUCUGGUUCUAGCAAUGACAAAAACAACUUGCCUACUGAAUUGGCAAACUCAAUACUAUUGUGAAAAUAAAUCUAAUACCUUGUUAAAGGAGGAAAUGCUGUAUUAUGGGCUUUGCUUUUUCUUGAGUUCCUUGAAUACGUUGUAUAGAAAACAUCAUGGUAUCUUACAUGUUUACCGGUGCUGGUGCCUGCUUCCAUUUCCAUGGAUAUGAAA